AUGAAACUCCUCUGUCUAGAACAGCUGUUUAACUUCAACUGUAGUGGCUUUCGAUAUACAAUCUUUUUUUCUUUUCCUUUUUUUCUUUUCCUUUUUUUCUUUUCCUUUUUUUCUUUUCCUUUUUUUCUUUUCCUUUUUUUUUUUCCCUUUUUUUUCUUUUCCCUUUUUUUUCUUUUCCCUUUUUUUUCUUUUCCCUUUUUUUUUCCUUUUUUUCUUUUUUUUUUUUUUCCUUUUUUUUUUUUCCUUUUUUUUUUUCCUUUUUUUUUUUUUCCUUUUUUUUUUUUUUUUCCUUUUUUCCUUUUUUCUUUUUUUUUUUUUUCCUUUUUUCCUUUCCUUUUUUUCCUUUUUUCCUUUUUUUUUUUUCCUUUUUUCCUUUCCUUUUUUUUCUUUUUUCCUUUCCUUUUUUUUCUUUUUUUCUUUCCUUUUUUUCUUUUUUCCUUUUUUCCUUUUCUUUUUUUCUUUUUUCUUUUUCCUUUUCCUUUUUUUUUUUUCCUUUUUUUUUUCCUUUUCCUUUUUUCCUUUUCCUUUUUUCCUUUUCCUUUUUUCCUUUUCCUUUUUUUCCUUUUCCUUUUUUUCCUUUUCCGCAAAGCAAGGCAUUGCAGUCUCACUGUGCCGCUCUUCUGUGGAGGAAGCAACGAGCAACAUUCCUUUGUCAGUCUCUAUUCGUCGCGUGGCCCCUAUUUUAUCAAUUCUUCUCUCAGGGUUGUGGCUGAUCAGAUUGUCGUCAACCAGACUGUCACUCUGGAUGCUGCUGUCUAUUUAUCUGCACUUGUCAAUUUCACCAAAAGUGUAUCCCAUUAUAAAUCGAGCAAAGAAAUUCUCUCUUUCUGUCUGUGUCUCUCUCACACUGUGUGUGUGUCUGUCUCUCUCACACUCUCUCUCUCACCCUCUCUGUCUCUCUCUCUCUCACUCUCUCUCUGUCUCUCUCUCUCUCUCUCUCUCUCACACUCUCUGUCUCUCUCUCUCUCUCUCUCUCACACACUCUCUGUCUCUCUCUCUUUCUCGCACACUCUCUGUCUCUCUCUCUUUCUCGCACACUCUCUGUCUCUCUCUCUUUCUCGCACACUCUCUGUCUCUCUCUCUCUCGCACCUGUCUCUGUCUCUCUCUUUCCUUUUCGCCUCUCUGUCUCUCUCUCUUUCUCCUUGCUCUCUGUCUCUCUCUCUUUCUACUUUCCUCUCUGUCUCUCUCUCUUUCUUCACACUCCUCUGUCUCUCUCUUUCUCGCACACUCUCUGUCUCUCUCUCUUUCUACUUUGCUCUCUGUCUCUCUCUUUUUCCUACCUCUGUCUCUGUCUCUCUCUUUCUCACUCUGUCCUCUCUGCCUCUCUCUCUCUCUCGUUCUCUCCUGUCUCUCUCUUCCUCACCUCUGUCUCUCUCUCUCUGCCAUCUCUCUCUCUCUCUCUCUGUCUCUCUCUCUUUGCCUCCUCUCUCUCUCUCUCUUACCUCUGUCUCUCUCUCUUGCCCUUUUUACUCUGUCUCUCUCUCUUUACCUCUGUCUCUCUCUGUCUCUCUCUCUGUCUCUCUCUUUGCUCUGUCUCUCUCUCUGCCUUUACUCUCUCUCUCUCUCUUGUGCCUCCUCUGUCUCUCUCUCUUCUUGGCCUUUACACUCUGUCUCUCUCUUGGCACUUUACUCUGUCUCUCUCUCUUUCUCUCUUCCCUCUGUCUCUCUCUCUCUUCUCUCUUCCCCUUUACUCUGUCUCUCUCUCUCUCUUCCUCGUCUGUCUCUCUCUUCCUCUCUUCCCUCGUCUGUGUCUCUCUCUUCUCUCUCUCUCUCGUCUGUGUCUCUCUCUCUCUCUUCCCUCGUCUCUGUCUCUCUCUUCUCUCUUCCCUCGUCUGUCUCUCUCUUCUCUCCCUGUCUCUCUCUCUCUUCUCUUCCCUCGUCUGUCUCUCUCUCUUCUCUCUUCCUCUGUCUCUCUCUCUUCUCUUCCCUGUCUCUCUCUCUCUCUCUUCCCUCACGUCUGUGUCUCUCUCUCUCUCUUCCCUCGUCUGUGUCUCUCUCUUCUCUUCCCUCCUCUGUGUCUCUCUCUUACCCUCAUUUGUCUCUCUCUCUCUCUUCCCCCUCUCUGUGUCUCUCUCUUCUCUUGCCGUCUUCUCUCUGUCUCUCUCUCUCUCUUCUUUCUGUGUCUCUCUUCUCUCUUCCCUCGUCUGUGUCUCUCUCUCUUCUCCUCACCUGUCUCUCUCUCUCUCUCUUGA